AUGGAGCUGUCUUGUUUAAUGUCUGCCUGGGUCUUUGCUCCUGCAUCCCCUUCUCCACCUGUUCGUAACUCGAGUAAACCGAAAGGAGGUAACCGAGAAUUUGCUUGGAAAGGAGAAGACGCUAGAGCCCGCGCCGUGGUUCCCCAGACGGGCCAUGAGUGCGUGUUCGAGCUCGUUCGUUUCCAUUUCUCGUCAGUUUCAUCUUGUCGCAAAAAGAACAGGCCCAGAGAACUACAGAACUCGUGCGUUCUUCCUUUCUCAACAAAUCCUGUGUUUUCAACCCUGACCCCAAAUCCUUUCAACCGCAAAUGCGGCCAGCGCGCUACCUCUGUUGUGUCUUGUUCGCUUGUUCGCCGCAGCAUCUGUCAAGACAGACUUUUCUCGGCUGGCGCGCUGGUUCGUCAACCAUGGGUGAGGCAGGCGGGCACUGUGAUCGACUUUCCUGUCCAAGAAAACCAGAGUUUCUGA